AUGGCCACACCCACCGUCAAACUCCCUCCCAAGGGAUCCAUCAUCCCAAUGAUACGUUCAAGUUGCAAGAAUGCGAGAAUAUUGGCUAAUAUUCAGGUCCACGACUCGUCUAUCAAAGCCCUCUUGGAGUCACCCGUCUUCAAUUCGACGUAUGAGAAACUGUCGACGGCACAUGGAGUCGCUAUGCCGCUCCAGUUCCAAACCCUUGAAUCAGAAGUAAACCUCAUUUCCUUGCUCUCCAUUCUCAAUUUCGGUCACGGCUAUCGGUUACCUCUGAAAAGGGCAACAGGAAGGGGUGCCUACGAUACGAUUCGUGCCCUUAUCUUUGGACUCUAUCUGGCUUCGACGGAUGAGGACAAUCUCAUGAGCGCAAAGGGUCUCAAGUCACUCUCAAAGGCAAAGGUUGCAGAACUAGCUCAGUUGGCGAAUCACAUCCAUGUCGAAAAGGCGCACCCUACGAUACCAGGUCUAACCAUUGGAGAAUUAGGCGGCCCACUCUACGAGUUGGUCGAGUUGAUCACCAAUGUACUCAACGAGACGGGUACCAUUCUUGUCCAAGACAGAUAUGACAGCCUCGGGACCUUUGUCAUCGAGGCUCUCCACAAGGCGGAUCAGAAUGGCAUUGCGGACGCGGAGGUGGUGUUAGACGAGCUUAUCCGGAGGUUUCCAGCAUUUCAAGAUAUCGGGACUUACCAAGACCAACCCGUAUAUGUGUUCAAGAAGGCCCUCUUCUUGCUACACGCGCUUGUCCUCCGCUUUGGUCAGGGGUCCGAUCGACGGAUCCCGUUACCGGAUACAGAUCAACUGCCCAUUUUUUCGGAUAAUGUGAUCCCAUCGAUGCUGGUCCAUUUCGGAGUAUUGGAUCUCACUCAAGCCACUGAACCGCGCCUUGCAUCGGCGUUUGGAUCGCUGACGGUGGAGGAGAACCUGGCGUACGAUCCGACGAAGGAUACGGAGAAGAGGAGUGGAACGACAAGAGGACCGGAGCUGUCGAAUUCCGAGGCGUAUGUGCUACGAGCGGCGGCGGUGGAUGCCUGCGAGAUGAUUGUGAAUCGCGCGCGGGAGGAUGGCUUGACGUUUUCGGUUACCCUUCCCGCGCUCGACGGGUGGCUCUGGUCAGUGGCCAAAGAGGGCCGUUUGCGAUCAGACCUGAGUCGCUUCACUCAAGCGCGUUGUCUGCUGUACUAG